CACUGCCGAAAAAAUCUCCAUAUCGUGAACUAAUUUCCUCUUCAUUCGAUUCCAUUUUCUCCGACCUCAUCUUUUGCCUUGAAUGGGUGAGAUAUUUGUUCUUCUUCUCCUUAUCUUCUUCUCCGCACAAUGGACGAAUGGGCGAGACAUUCUCUAAGUUGGGAAUUUCAAUUUCACCAUCGUGAAGGGAAUUUCAAUUUCACCAUCGUGAUAGCGACCAGAUUGUCGGAGAAGAAGGCAACGUAGAGAUCGGUGAAGAAAUUGAAGCAUCCGGGCGACCAGCAGAUCUUGUAGACGGCGAUCCAAGCGUUUGGCGACAAAGGCGUAGUCGUCGAAGGUGAGAUCGAGGGGCUAGAUCCCGGUGUUGAGGACGCCGAUGAUGACGCCGUCGCCGUUGGCGGAGUUGAGGGAGAGAGGGGGCGAGGCCGAGGUUGGAAGGGGUGUGAGUGGUGUGGAGGUGGCGGAUCUGGUCGGGGACAACGGAAAUGAUUUCGGGGGUGCGGAGGAGGCGAGAGGCUUGGUCGGUGGUGAGGGAGGCGGAGAAGCCGCCGGCGGUGUGAGAGUAGAUUUAGAGGAGGGCGGAAGGGUGGGAGAGGAUGCAGACGGGUUUAGGAGUUCGAGACGAGAGGGGAUCGAAGAAGGGAAGGAGACUCGUAGUAGGGAAGAGUGAGAGUUGGAGAGAAGGGCAUCGACCAAUGGCCCUGGAGGGAGAGGAGAGAGGAUGUAAUUUAUUUUUUAUUUAUUUUUAAAUUAAAACAUGACAUGGCAUCCAUGUGGCAAGUGUUGUUGAGUUGUCAAUGAUGUGUCUGGUGAGUUGGCAACCAGAUCAUCGUUCCGUUAAUUUGACUAACAGUGUCACCGAAGCCGUUAAACUAUGUAACGGAAAUGACUAUUAUGGUCAUCAAACUUUCAGAUUUUUGGCUAUUAUUAGUAUUUCCACAAAAGUGGCUAUUAUUGUCACAAACGUCAAAAUUUUGGCUACACAAAUGAAUUUUUCCAAAAAAAAAUUACAAGUAGAACAAUCAUAAUAACCGACUAAAUCAUAAAUCUAGAGUUGAUUACGCAUGAACAAAUUCAAAAUAGGAAU